UGUUUACAUUUUUGGCAGUGAGCGACUGAACUGCCAAGCAGUAAAAGAUGUUUAAACUUUAUGAACCUUUUCAAAGAUGACCGCGUAUGUUCCUAUUCCACUAGCGAAGUAACUUUAUCCAGAGUACCACAGCACAUAGUUGCUAUACAUCUUCAGUUAGCUAACUAGCUAGCUAACAAAUAACCCUAGCAACCUGUUGAUUGAUAAACUGGCUACGCGAGUUGUUGAUGUUAGCUAGCUAGCUAACGUUAGCGUAUGCAAAUGACAGCCACCAAUGUUUAACAACAACGACGAGGAUCUUAUCGAAGAUGUGGCCAGUUUAAGGAAUCAAUUGCGAUUGACGGAGAUUAGUUUGCAAAGUUUGGGAGAACAAUUAAGUCACUCAGGACAUGAGAGUCACAGUGAGCGGUCUGAGAGGAGUUUAGUACAUGGGUUGCCAGGUCUUCUGUCCCUAGAGGACCUACAGCGGCCUGAUGUCCCACAUCCUCCACCUGACAACCCACGUAUUGAGAGACCCCUCCACAGAAGUAGGACAGCUGAGAGACAGGCCUGUGAAAGCCUACCCACCAGUACUGACUCCAGGUGCUCCUCGUCUAGGGCAGUGGAGAUGGAGGUUGCCCCCCUCAGGAAGAAGCUAGGCUGCCUGCGUCAGGAGAACGCCUCCCUGGCUCUGGAGAACAGACAGCUCAUCAGUGACCUGGAGGCGACCCAGAUUGAACUGGCCAGCUCUAAAACCAAGGCCCGUCUCCUGGGCUCCACAGUAGGGGCUAAGACCUCCAGUGUGACUAUCAUGAGGGAGCAGAUCCUGGGCUUGGAGGCUGAGGUGGAGGCCCAGGCCAAAGAACUCCGGACUGCAGAGUUGAAGGCAGAGCAGAGCCAGCAGGCAGCAACUCAAAGUGACAGACAGGUAGCCGAACUCAGAGACGAACUGAGCAUGCUCAGAACAGAGCUUACCGACACAACCAGACAAGGAAAACGAGCGGAGCAACAAAGGAACCAAGCCCUUCGCAAUGCGGAGAAACUCACAGACGCUUUCAAAGACUACAAGACAAAUAUUUCCAUUAAGCUGAAAAAGGUCAUGGAGAGCGAGAGCAAACUGAAGGAGAGUCUCAUCGUGUGUGACCGAGAGAGAGAGGAGCUGGAGAGCAAGUGCACCGUGUUGGAGAGAGCGCGAGAGGAGCAGGGCCAAACCAUCAGUGAGCUGAAGGAGGAGGUCACCCAGGCGCGCACACUCAACACAAAAACCUCUGAGCUCCAAGGACGUCUGGAGGAGGCUGCCCAGCGGGCCUCGCGGCUGGAGAUGGAGCUGGGGGAGCGGGCCUUGGAGGCCAGGGAGCUGACCUCUCUCCACAGGGAGACGGAGGACCUCCGGGCCCUUACCCAGUGCCAGGAACACAGGCUGGUCCAAUGCCAGAGAGAGGCCCAGCAGAGCCUGGCUGAAUUAUCUAGUCUGGAGAGUAUAUUGGCUUUGCUGCACCUCCGAGAGGUAUGGAGGAUUGGGGACAUGCGCACGUACACGCACGGUGAUGAGGGACCUCUCUGUGUGAAGCCCUGUAUGCUGCUCCCAGUGGAUUACACAGGAACGACAGACCCACUCAGACCCAAGCCAGGUGAGCGAUACCAGCAGCUGCUCCCAGUGCUCCAGGCGGUGGAGGCAGAGCGGGGCAGACAGAGCUCCCUGGCCUCCAGGCUCCAGGAGAGGCUGUCUAAAGCCCAGGAGGAAGUCUCCUCCCUGCACAACUCCAUGGCCCAGAGGGCCUCCCACUACCAGCAGGUCCACAGUGAGCUGCUCCAGAGGGCCAGCCUGGCUACCGAUGCCGAGAAGGAGUUGAAGAAGAAGAGUGCUCGUGUGGCGGCUCUGGAGAAACAACUGCAGGAGAAGAGCUCUGCCUACUCACUGGCUGCUCUGAAGAACACUCAGCUGGAGCAGGAGCUGCUGGAGAAGGCCAGUGCUAUCCAGCACUACCAGUCUGUGAUGAACAAGAAGCAGAGGGACUUCCAACAGGCUCUGGACAAAAGUAAAACGGCCCGUGCUGACCAGUGCAAGGAACUGCAGGACAGAGUGGAACUGCUGCAGUUGUCUCUGGACCAGACCCGGGCCCAGGUCUCAGAGCUGGAGCAGGCUGUGUGUUGUGCCCAGAGGGAGAGACACGAGGCCCAGAGCACAGCCCACCUAUUGCAGGUCUCCCUGGACCAGCUCACACAGGAGAGAGAGACCAAAGUGAGACACGGUGAGGAGGCUCUACGGAGUGUCAGAGAGCAGGCCACCGAGUCUUCCACCAAGGUGAGGCAGCUGGAGAUAGCCCUGUCGUCCUGUCGGGAUGAGCUGAGCUCCCGCCUACUGCAGACGGAGGACGCUAAGCAGCACUAUCAGAGACAGCUGGACGUCAAGGGCAAAGAGCUGUCGUCUCUGCAGGAGGAGUUGCGUAGCAGCGCUCUGGUGUGUGGCCGCUCCAGUGAGCGCUGUGUCCAGCUUCAGUACUCCCUGCAGCGGCAGCAGAGCAUGCUCCAGGAGAGCAGCACCCGUGUGGCCGAACUGGAGGAAAGCCAGAGCCAGCUACAGGGACAGGUGUCUGCAUUGGAGCAGGAGGUGGAGCGGGCGCGCUUGUCUCUGGAGGAGGAGCUGAGGAGGAGAGAGGAGGUGGUGCAGGAGGCUGACAAGGAGGUGCAGGAGAAGAGGCGACAGGCUGCACAGCUCUCUGGCUCUGUCACUCAGCUGUCGUCUGAGAUGAAUCGGUGUCGUGGGGAGCUGUCAUCCAUGGAGCAGGAGCUGCAAAGGCUGCGGAAGGACGCCAGCAUGAAGUCCUCCCAGCUCAGCUGCAUGGAGGAGACCCUGCAGCAGACCCAGGGCCUACUGGAGAAGAAGAAUGACGCGGUUGUGGACUUGGAGGAGAAGCUCCACCGCUGCGAGGAGGACAGGCGGAACUCUGUGCAGCGGGCGGAGACUCUGGAGGGACAGCUACAGGGGGUGCGCGGUGAGAUGCACGACACCCUAGAGAACCUACAGGAGCUGAGAGAGCUGUUACAGCACACGCAGGUCAGCGCAGACGAACGACAGACAUCACUGGAGAAAUUGUCGGCCGAGCUCAGGGAAAGCCAGAGGGAGUUGGAGGAGAGGAACCACGAGGUGUUGGACAUGGACACAGCAUUGAAGGAGAGACAGGGGGAGCUCCAGCAGAGAGCACAGCUGCUGGGCCAGUUGGACGUGGCCAUCAGAGACCAUAAGGUGGAGAUGGACAAGAAGGUUCAGGCCCUACAGCAGACUCUGGACCAGAGAGAGGGAGAGGUCAAAGCCCGAGACAAACGGGUGGCGUUUUUGAGUGAGAGGUUAGACCUGCUAAAGGCACAACUACAAGGGAAGGAGGAUUCCGAGAAGGACUCUCUGGAGCAGGGCCAGAACCUGCGUGUGUGUCAGGAGGAGCUGCAGAGAACAACGCAAGAGCUGCGGGACACACAGACUCGCUGCGAGAGCCUGACCGAAGAGCUGGACAGCAUCACUCAACAUGCCAGGGAAAAGGAGGCGCAGGUGAGGAGUCUAGAGGAGAAGCUGUCUGCCAGGGAGGGCCGCUGGGUCCAGGGGGAAGCCAGACUGCAAGUCACCAUCUCCUCCCUACAGCAGGAGCUGGAGCAGGAGAGGGAACAGCACAGCAAGGAGCUCUACUCCCUGCAGCAGACGCGGGGCCAGCUCCUGAAGGUGUCGGAGCAGAUGAGCUGCAGCCUGCGGAGCUCCCAGGAGCACCUGGCCUCCAGACUGCAGCAGAGCCAGCUGCAGCUAGAGCAGACCAGGGCCCAGGCGGCCCACCUGCAGGCCCAGCUCCACGCCACCCAGACCAGCCUGCAGAGCGCCCGCGAGGCCCUGCUCAUCAAGGAGUCCGAAGUCACCCGCCUACAGGCCAGAAUUUCCAGUCUGGAGAGAGCUACAGAGCUCCACCACGCCACGUUCCACCUUCACCCAGAGAUCACCCUGCCCUCAUCCCCUCCGCCCCCUCACACACACCACCAUUCUCCCCCACACACUCACUCAUGCACCCACUCUCCUCAUAAACACACCUGCUUCUCCCCACCCACUCACACCCACUCCCCUCACAAACUCUCCCACCCUUCUCCACCACCCACUCACUCUCACACCCGUUCCCCUUCACCCCACCACAUACAACACCACUCCCCUCCUCGCCCACCUCAAACCCACACUCCAGACUGGCCCGUGGAGGGCAGCAGUGUGGACUCCUCCCUUGAUCUCCCUCAGAACCUGAAGGCCACGUUACGGGAAGCCCUGGGUCAGCACCUCCCCUGGGACACCUCCUUCAUGUCCCCCACACCGUACCAGCCUGACCACAGCUGGCAGGGCCUCAGCCGACUGGAGGCCACCUCUGCCUCAGACCUCUCCUUCAACCCCCUCACCUACAUGGUGGACAAAAUGUCGGAGGAGAGGGAGGAGAGAGAGUCCCCCCUCAGGCAGGAGACCCAGGAGGAGAUGGACAUGAGCUCCCUGACGGGCAUGCUGAGUUUUGUCAACCAGACGCUGGCCCUGCAGGAGGACCCGUCCCUCUGUGGCUCCGCGGGCCUCUGAGAGGCUGAGCACACCCUCACACUGCAGGGGGACCUUUAAAGAUGGUGGAUGCUGAUCUACGGGGGAACGUAUGAUAGUGGGACCCAUUUAGACUUUUGAAGACUUAAUGUGUGGUUUUGUUUUGUUUGUGUGUUUGUGAAUGAAGCAUCAGGCCACACUACUGUCUGGUAGGAAUUGGUUUCAUUACAUUUCACUCCAGCUCAGGCUUGCCCUGUAUAUGGCUGCCAAGGUUCAUGCUCUUUUACCUAGACACAUGUUAUGUAUAUACAGUGAGCUCCAAAAGUAUUGGGAUAUUGAUACAUUUGUUGUUGUUUUGGCUCUGUACUCCAGCACUUUGGAUUUAGAAACGAUACAAUGACUGUGAAGUUAGUGCAGACUGUCAGCUUUAAUUUGAGGCUAUUUUCAUCCAUAUCGGGGGAACCGUUGAAAAAUUUACAGCACUUUUUGGACGUAGUCUCACCAUUUUUGGGGAACAAAUGUAUUGGGACAAAUUCACUUAUGUGUAUUGAAGUAGUCAAAAGUUUAGUAUUUGGUCCCAUAUUCCUAGCACGCAAUGAUUACAUAUACUAUGAUUACGGAUAGUCCUGAAUGAUUCGUGACUAAUGAUGAGUGAGAGACAGAUGCACAAAUAUCAUACCCCGAAGACAUGCUAAGCUCUCACCAUUACAAUAACGGGAGGUUAGUAGUUUUUUGGGGCAGGGGGAGGUAUGAUAUUUGUGCGUCUAACUUUCUCACUCGUCAUUAUUUAGAAUUCAUUCAGGAAUAUCCGUAAUCAUGGUAGCAUCCACAUUAAUGUACAAGUGUUUAGAAACAUUUGAUUUCUAUUUACAAUAAAAGUGACUCCAAAAUGACAAUACAUUAUUUACCAUUAACUUCUAUUGGGCACAAAAUAAUCUGAAACCAACAGCAAAUGCACUCAACAAGCUUGAUGUAGUCAGUGCAUGCAAGGAAUAUGGGACCAAAUACUAAAUGUUUAACUACUUUAAUACACAUAUAAGUGAAUUUGUCUCUAUACUUUUGGUCCCCUAACACGGGGGGACUGUGUACAAAAAGUGCUGUAAUUUCUGAACGGUUCACCCGAUGUGGGUGAAAAUAGCCUCAUGUUAAAGCAGACCGUCUGCCCUUUAACGUCAUAGUCAUUCUAUAAUUUCCAAUCCAAAGUGCUGGAAUACAGAGCCAUAACAACAACAAAAAAUGUCACUGUCCCAAUACUUUUAGAGCUAACUGUAUAUCUUUUAAGUAUAAAUGUGUAUGGUAUCUAUUUUCAAUCUGAAUUCAAUUAAAUCAUUUUUAGUAAAAUACAUUUUUGAUAUUUAAA